GUCAAACAUUGUCGUCAAAGACUACGUUACUUAUACUUUGUCGUCUUGUUCCAUAAUUCGGUUUUUUUACCUUUACAAUGAAAAUAUUGUUUUUGAUUACAAUUGCCAUCAGUGUUGCACAUGCUCAUAGAGUAAGAAAGGAAGAUAAAUUGUUGUUGAGUCCUGUUGAACUAAUUGAUCUGGUUAGAGAAGAACAACAUAAAAAUAAACCUAUGCAAAUGAAACAAACUUCAGCGACUGUGGGUUAUUCCGAGAAAGUUAACAAGCAAAUAUUGGAACCUGACGAUUCAGAGUAUGAUCCAGCAGUUUCGUGUGAAGACGAUAAAACAUUAAAGAAUCGGAAAAUUUGGAGUCGAUGGAGUAAAUGGGGAGACUGUUCAGUGACGUGUGGCGCUGGUACCAUCACACGCUACCGGCUGUGUGUAGCAGGCCGAUGCGCGCACGGUGAACGAGAAGAACAGCGGAGGCCCUGUGCACGCGCCCCUUGUCAUGCCACUUUCUACAAUAUGACAGACGACCUACGUGAGGUCGAAUAA